AAGCGGGGGGCACUCGAGUAAGUGCUUUGUCAGAUUUCGCGUGCAUUUCUACACCGCGGUGAGAGAGAGAGAGAGAGAGAAAGAGAGAGAGAGAGAGAGAUUACAGCUUCACCAUUGAUUUACAUUACAUCAAACGUCCUCCCUCGCUCUCUCUCUCUCUUCUUCUUUCCUUUUUCUUGGAAGGGGGUAAUCGGAAAAAGAAGUUUCGAUUUCUGUUUAGUGAAGGGUCACUGUUCGAUGGUGAAAAAGCAGAUGAAAGUUUGAGGCUUUUUUUUCAUCAUCUGGGUCGAGACGCUUCUGCUUCAGAGAGAGGCGUUUUAAACAUCGAUGAUUGUCUGUUUGUAUCUAUUCGGAAAAGUAUCUGUUCACGGUGGUUGUGGUGGAUGUUCAAAGAUGAGGAACAGCUCAUACUUUUGAAGGAAAAAAAAAAGGUUUUUGAUGUUAUGUGACUUGUGGGGUUCUCUUCAUCUCCUUUUUUAAGAGUCCUUUGGGCCAUUGGGUCGGGGGACAGAGAGAGAGAGAGAGAGAGAGAGGGAUGUGUAUACUUUUAUAUAACAAUAGGAAUUGUGCUUGCUAAUGAUUAAGAGAGCCAGAAAAAAUCGAAGCUUGCUUCUGGGGAAGAAAAAGGAACACUUUGGCAUCGCAACAAAGGAGCAAACUUUGGAUUCGGGUUUCUUCAUUGUCAUCUAAGUCUGAGGCUCUUUGGAAACAUUUCGAAGUGGGCAUCCAUAAGGGGAAAAAGGCUCGUCUGUGAAUGUGUGAAGCACUUAGGAAGAAAGAAGGAUUAGAUAAAAAGCAAGGGAAAAAGAAAAGAUUGGUGUCAGUUUCGAGCGAAGUGGGUGGAUUGUGCAUCUCUAAGACUGUGUGUGUAUAUAUUAUAUAUAUACACAAUUCUUCCCAAGAAUCCAUAUGGGUUUGUUUCCAAUGUUCUUAUUGAGAUGUGAAACUUCAUAAAACAAUGUCUCCUUGAAUGACCCUUUUUCCUUCCGGAGUCCUCGGCCUCUGUUUCUGACUCAGGAGGCAGCCAUUUCUUCCCGUUCUUUUUUUUUUUUUGGGUUUCCGAUUCUGAAUCUUGGUUUUGGAGAAACUCUCUGUUCAUACCAAGAAACUUGCCCUCGUCUCUAGCUUCCUCUGAGAUUUGGAUUUCUGGUAGAUCUCUUUUCUAUUGGGUUCUUCAAAAGGGUUGUGCUCUGAAAGUUGUGUUCUUGGAAGUUCUCUUCGCUUUCUGGGUUUGCUCUGAAGACAUUGCAGUGUUGUGGCGGAAACAACUUGUGCAAAAAUGAAGUUUAUGAAACUUGGAUCCAAACCCGAUUCAUUUCAGUGCGAGGGUGACAACAUCAGGUAUGUGGCGACAGAGUUAGCAACAGAUGUUCUCGUCGUCAUAGGCGAUGUCAAGUUCUAUCUCCAUAAGUUUCCAUUGAUGUCCAAAAGUGCACGCCUCCAGAAACUCAUCACCACAACCUCAAACGAAGACAGCCAACAUGAUGAGAUCCACUUAGCAGACAUCCAUGGCGGUCCUGCUGCAUUUGAGAUAUGCGCCAAGUUCUGCUACGGCAUGACUGUAACCCUAAAUCCCUACAACGUGGUCGCAGCUCGUUGUGCUGCCGAGUUCUUGGAAAUGCACGAAACCGUCGAGAAAAGCAAUCUUGUCUACAAGAUCGAAGUGUUCUUGAGCUCGAGUAUCUUCCAUAGCUGGAAAGAUUCCAUCAUCGUUCUCCAAACCACGAGGUCUCUUUUUCCGCACGCCGAGGAACUCAAGCUGGUCGGCCGAUGUAUCGACUCCAUUGCUUCGAAAGCUUCGAUGGAUACCUCGAAAGUCGAGUGGUCUUAUACGUACAACAGGAAGAAGCUCGAGAACGGAAGCAACGGGAUCAGAAUACAGCAGGCGGUUCCAAGAGAUUGGUGGGUGGAAGAUCUUUGUGAUCUGCACAUUGAUUUGUAUAAACGUGUGAUCACAACGAUCGAGGCGAAAGGGAAGGUUUUGGCCGAUGUUAUUGGAGAAUCACUGAAUGCAUACGCCAUAAGAAGGAUACCCGGAUUUAGCAAAGGCUCGGUACAGGUCAGCGACUUCGCAAAGUAUCGGUCUUUGGCUGAAACUAUCGUCGAGCUUAUCCCGGGCGAGAAAGGUGGUAUUUCUUGCAGUUUCUUGAUAAAGCUCUUGCGGGCAUCGGUUAUUCUUGGAUGUGAAGAAACCGUGAAGAACAGAUUAAAGAAACGGGUUAGCGAGCAGCUGGAAGAGGCAUCAGUGAGUGAUCUUCUGCUGUAUGAUGUGGAUAUGGUGAAAGCCCUAGUUGAGGAGUUCUUGGCACGAGGUCCGAAACCCGAUCUGCCUUCUACAGAAGACGAGUUAUCAUCAACGGAUGUUUCGAAGGCAUUGGUGGCCAAAAUCAUCGAUGGAUACCUCGCUGAGAAAUCAAGGGAUCCCGAUCUGCCACUUCAGAAAUUUCUCUCCCUCGCGGAGAUUGUUUCAAACUUCCCGAGACAGUCUCACGACGGGGUUUAUCGGGCAAUAGACAUGUUCCUCAAGGAACAUCCCGGGAUCACAAAGAGCGAGAAGAAGAGAAUUUGCCGGUUGAUGGAUUGCAGGAAACUAUCAGCAGAAGCAUGCGCACACGCAGUGCAGAACGAGCGUCUGCCAUUACGUGUGGUCGUCCAAGUUCUCUUCUUUGAACAAGUCAGAGCCAACGGCUCGUCCACGGGGAACAGCACGCCCGAUCUCCCGGCCUCGCGGUCCACGACCACGACCACGAAAACCGAAGACGAGUGGGACCCAGAAGAGAUCAAAGCCCUCAGAGGGGAGCUAGCCAGUCUGAGACAGGCCAAGAACAAUCAAGAAACCGACAAGGGGAAGGCGGCGGCGAUGAGAGGGAUGGCGGUUUCGAGGGUGUUUUCUAAGAUGUGGUCGGGCAAAGACAGGAGCGGAGAGAUCAGUAGCUCGGGGACUUCGAGUCCUGGCUCUGUCAAUGAAGACUCAAAGUCUUGUUCUUCGACGAGCAAGAGGCAUUAAUGGAGGUUUCUUUCAAUAAAAAAAAAAAAGCUCAGAUGUGUAAGCAGAAUCAGCUUUAGUGUUUGUCUUCUUCUUCUUCUUUCUCGACUAACCUCUUUUGUUUCUCUUAGCAAACUCUGAUCUUAUCAGACCAGACCAUUGUCUAAUCCCUGCAAGAAAACCCAACAUGUUCUUCUAUUA